AUGCGCGCCACGAAGUCCUUUUUCGCCGCCUUCAAACCCAUUUCUCCUCGAUUCCAGAGUCUGCUCGUCAAACCUGCUCUCAUUGAAAAAGGGCUUACCGUCCUGCUCCACCCUGCCGGUCGCUGGUCCCUCUCGCCAGACGGCCUGGCUCUCGAACGUCGCUUCCGUUUCGCCAAUUUUCGGAACACUUGGAAAUUUAUGAAUUCGGUGGCCGCUGAAACUAAGCGUUUGGGUCAUCAUCCCGAAUGGGCAAAUGUUUAUAACUCAGUCUUCAUUAGAUGGACUACUCAUUCUGAACCUGGCUUAACUGACACGGACGUGGAAAUGGCCAGGUUUUGUGAUGAAAGGGCAGAGGAGCUCGGCGAGAUAAAAUCCAACAGGACUGAGGAUGAACUAGUAAGGGAGAAUAGGCUAAUUGAAAUUCUUAAUGUGAACAAUGACUCUCAAGAUUAA